AUGGCCUCCUCCCCCGCCAACCUCCGCGCCAUUUACCGCUCCCUCCUCCGCGAGCUCCCGCCCCGCCCCAUCCUCUCCUCUCCGCGAACUCCUCUCCACCGACGCAUCCGCUCCUCCUUCGCCCAGCUCGCCCAGCAGCUCAUCGCCUACCUCCGCGCCCAGCGCAUGUACGUCACCCUCAUCGAGCGCUACAACCCGGGCAUGGAGAUGGACCAGGACGAGCGCAUCCGCUUAACCGCCCGGAGAGUCGGCAUGGAUCUUCCCUCGGUGCAGAAGAAGAAGACGCAGUGA